UGGUCGCAGGAUAUACCACGAAUGACAUCUUUGGAAUGAACCAAGCAGUUUGAUGGAAGCAGAAAAUAUUUGGCCUGAGCACAAAAAUAGUCGUUAGGUGAGUCAGAAGUUCCCCCGAAACAAUGAAGUUCUUUUUUGCCGUGGUAAGGCAAUUCUUUCUUCAUUCCCCGUCGCUUAUGGAAGGACCGCCCAUUAGCAAUGUCCAUUUGCUUAUCUGUACUUAAAAAACAAAUCAGGCAAAUUGAACCCCAAAAAAGAAAACUUCUCGGGCGCCGCCUCUGUGCGUCAUGACGUCAACGCGCUAACGUAGCCGCUCCGCUGUCGACCACUAACGUGCAACCCGGAUAACACGCACACGCACGUGCACAUGCACACGCACGGUAGUAGCAAACAACCAAGCGAGCAAGCGACAAGAUUUGCAGACCACAACCGGACGAGCGAAGGCUUCGCUUGGCUUGGCUCGUGGAGCCCCUUCUCCGGCCGAAAAGUGGCCGCCGCCUCGCCGCUCAUUCCGAACCGUUCGCGGUGCCGGCCAAUCGUGGGGCGGCCGCUCCGAGCCGCCGGGAAAUGUGGGCAGUCGCCGAGGUCGGGCCCGCACCGCCGUCACUGACGUCGGCCGUCCACAAGCGACUUGUGCCUGCUCUGCACGUCGACUUGUGCCUGCACGUCUUUGACAUCCUCUAGGGGGAGGGCGGGGGCAUCCAUUUGAUGGAGCCGAACCGAAUUCAAACCAAGUUGCAAGUACGGCUGGAGCUCCACGAGAUGGCGUCAUUGCAGCACUCAGCGUGCGGGCAAAGUGCCUUGCAGCAACUGGAGGAGAAGAGCCAGAGCCAGAGCCAGAGCGGGCCGGCCGGCAGCAGUGCCUGAAGCAGGCUAUCACGGCCAGGACCAGGAGGACAAGGAGUGCCUGAAGCGGGCCAUUACGGCUCUGCUCAACCUUAAGAGCAGCGUGGAGAGGAUCUGCACUGGCGGCCUGGCCAAGCGCACUCUCAGGUCCGUAUGAGAGCGGUGGCGGGGGUCAGGAAGUGACGCGGGUGGUCGGUCGGGCAGGGCGGUUCUGCUCAUUGUUCUGAGCAGCCAGAGAGGAAACAAUGCAGACAAGAAGCAAACGGGCUUCCAGGAGAGCAGAGGCGGCCGUCAAAAGGUGAAGGGAGACUGGGCGGCUUACCGAGACGUGAGCGGGCCGAGGUCCCGUGACGCGCCGCGUCGCCUUCAUACCUCUGGGGUUUAUGCGCUAAAGUGAUUAGCCCAGGCUCAGCACACGGACGGGGCAGGCGGGUUGGGCCCGCUCUCGCUUGCCGCGUCGGCCGUCCGAGCUGACAUGGCCCUCUGACCCCGCGCUGACGGCCGAUCAAAAGUGGGAUAAUCCGUCGAGACGAGAAACACGAGCGGGCCUGGGAACGGGAUGUUUGAGCGGGAUUCGCUUGGAGCGCUCGAAUCAGGUCCAGGAUUUGGCGUCGGAAUGACGGCUUUGAGAAAAAAGUAGAAAGGUCCAAAUUUUCUGGCGGACGCGUGGCGGAUGCGUGGCAGCGCGUCGGCGAGCCGCCCGCACGCCCCGCGGAUGAAGGGCGAACGCUCGGCCGUGGAGAAGAUGAACGAGAUCCAGAAGAACAUCGACGGCUGGGAGGGCAAAGACAUCGGCCAGUGCUGCCGCCGCUUGGUCAUGGAGGGAACGCUGAACCGAGUGGGCGCCAAGAACCGGCGCCACGUCUUCCUCUUUGACGGCCUCAUCGUCUGCUGCAAGUCCAACCACGGCCCCGGCUCUUCCGCCGAGUACCGCCUGGAGGAAAAGUUCUUUGUCCGCAAGGUCCGGAUCAACGACAAGGACGACAAGGAGGGCGAGUACCGGCACGCCUUUGAGAUCGUCCCCAAGGACGGCGACGGCGCCGUCUUUGCGGCCAGGUCGGCCCAGGAGAAGAACGGCUGGAUGGCGGCGCUGGCGGCGCUGCAGUACGGUGUCACGCUGGACGGCAUGCUGGGCGCCGCCAUGCAGGAGGAGCAGCAGCGGCUGCGCCUGCCCGCGCCCCACCUCUACCGCUUCGCCCAGCCCGACUCGGAGGAGAACGUGCUGUUCGAGGACGCCGGGCGAUCCAAGUCGGGCGUUCCCGCCGUCAAAGCCGGCACCCUCCUCAAGCUCGUCGAGAGGCUCACCUUCCACACCUAUGCCGAUCCCAAUUUUGUCCGAACGUUUCUGACGACCUACAGAUCUUUCUGCAAGCCACGGGAGCUACUGGACCUGCUCAUCGAGAGGUUCGAGAUUCCUGAGCCGAGACCCGACGAGGCGGAUCGGCCGGACGGAGGCGAGCGGCCCGUCGGCGCUGAGCUCAAACGCUUCCGCAAAGAAUUUGUGCAGCCCGUCCAGCUCCGAGUCCUAAACGUGUGCCGUCACUGGCUGGAGCACCACUUUUACGACUUUGAGAGGGACGCUCAUCUGCUGGGACGGCUGGAGGACUUUGCGGCGUCGGUCCGAGGCAAGGCCAUGAGGAAGUGGGUGGAGUCCAUCACAAAGAUUAUCCAGAGGAAGAAAGAGGCGGCCGUCAGGCCGGGCCACGGCGGGCCGGGCCACGGCGGGCCGGGCCGCAGCGGCGUGGCCUUCCACCACCACCGGGACCCUCAGCCGGCCACCGAGUGGCACGUCUGCGAGCCGGGCCGCCCCGAGCACUUUGACCUCAUGACGCUUCACCCCAUCGAGAUCGCCCGCCAGCUCACCCUGCUGGAGUCCGACUUGUACAGGGCGGUGCGACCCUCCGAGCUGGUGGGCAGCGUGUGGACCAAAGAGGACAAAGAGAGCCUCUCUCCCAACCUGCUGCGGCUGAUCCGCCACACCACCAACUUGACCCUCUGGUUUGAAAAGUGCAUCGUGGAGACGGAUAACCUGGAGGAGCGAGUGGCGGUGGUGUCGCGCAUCAUCGAGAUCCUGCAAGUCUUCCAGGAGCUCAACAACUUCAACGGAGUCCUGGCGGUGGUCAGCGCCAUGGACUCCUCGCCCGUGUACAGGCUGGAGCACACCUUUGAGCAAAUUCCCAGCCGUCAGAGGAAGAUUCUGGAAGAAGCUCACAAGCUGAGCGAAGACCACUACAAGAAGUAUUUGGCCAAACUACGCUCCAUCAACCCCCCCUGUGUGCCCUUCUUUGGCAUCUACCUGAGCAACAUCUUGAAGACCGAGGAGGGCAAUCCGGACUUCCUGCUUCACCACGGGAAGGAUUUGAUCAACUUUAGCAAGCGGAGGAAAGUGGCGGAGAUCACGGCUGAGAUCCAGCAGUACCAGAACCAGCCGUACUGCCUGCGGUUGGAGAGCGACAUCAGGAAGUUCUUUGAAAAGCUCAACCCGCUGGAGGAGCUGUGCGAGAACGACUUUGGCGAUCGGCUGUUCAGCAAGUCCCUGCUCAUCGAGCCGCGCAACGCCCGCACGGCGCCGCGCUAUGCCAAGAGGUACACGUGUCCCCUGAAGUCCCCGGGUAUCCGUCCCACGUCGGCGCAGCGCGGCCCCGCGUGCCAGCCGCGCAAGAUCAGCUACGGCCCCGCCGGCGCUCCUGACUCUCCCCGCACGCCGCUGACUCCGCCCCCGGCCGGCAGCGUCUUUGACUCACCGCGGGUGCCCAGCAGCCCCGCCUACUCCGGGUCGUCCUCCUUUGGCGGCCUCCCCGACCAGGCGGCCCAGUUGCCGCCGCCCGUGCUGCCCCGCCGAAGACCCGAGUCGGCGCCGGCCCAGUCGUCCCCGUCCAAGAUGCGGUCCGAGCCGGACGGGCCGCCUCUCUGGGCCGCCUGCGAACUCCUCCCCCCGCGCCGCUCGUCUCUGUCGUCCCCUCCCGACAGCCCACCGCUCGGCUCGCCCCUGUGCUUGCUGCCGCCUCCCCGCGGACGCUCCCGCCGCGAGCUGCCGGCGGCCCGGGCUUUCUUUCCCGUGGCGGCCUGCCCGGGCCCAUCCGCCACCUCACCCGUGUCCAGGAGGAUGCCGCCCGCCUCGCCGGGACCGCCUUUCCUGCUUGACGGCGCGUCCCCCAAAAGCUACAAGAGGGACUCUCUGAGCCACGCCCCCCUGCCCGACCUCCCCCCUGCGCCGUGACCCUCCGGCAAAUGCGACACUGCUCAUAGUGGACCGACCCAGCCCAGUGCCAUGCCUUCAGGUACCAGAGCCAAAGAGGUAGUACAUUUGCAUUAAGACACUUGUUUGUCUCAAGGGAAUAAAAGUUGAGUCGAUGCCACAA